AUGUGCCAAGCUCGUUUAGAUGCUCCCGUUCUUCUCUAUGUUCACAAGGUUGAAAUGGAAAAGGAAAAUUGUUGUGGUACAAGUCCCAGUAAGAUGAACAAGUCAUUGAAAAGGAAUUGUUCAGAAUUAUUGUUGCAAAGUUCAUUUGUCUCAAAGAGCAAAGUCGACUGUGAAGUGAUGUUAACUAUUGCCAAAACAAGGGGUGCCAUUGCUAAAACUAGAGCAAGACUUUCGUCUCGUAAGAGAUCAAGACAACACAAACAUGAGAUAGAAGAUGUAGAAAGUGAGAGGGGUAGCAGCAGGUGGUUAACUCAGGUGUGUACUGGAACUGCUUACAUUGUGUCACAAGAAGAGAUGGAAUCAACUGGCAAUGGAAAGAAAAUGGUUAUUCGUCGCAAGACAAAAGUGAACAAAUGA